GACUACACCUCAGAACCCAACACUACUUCACACUCCCUUCAACCUGAGCGUGAACCACCACGAAAAACAAGAAAAUAUGUCAUCCCAGUCAAACACAGCCAAUAGCACUCAAUUUAAAUCGAACACUCAACAAAACCUACAGGUGAAUAACCAUUUGGAUAAAAUGUCCGUUCGAUCGCUCAGUUCGGAAGAUGUCUCUACAACAGUGGAGGGCAAGUGCUGUAGUGCUGCAGCCAGGAACCCGGCAAUCAAAACCGGACGUCGAAUUCAACUGAUGCAGAUGAUAAUCUUGCCAUUCAUUCCAAUACUGGCAUUAAUUGUUCAAACAUCUGUUAUUCUCCAAGAGAUUCUCGACUACAAGGCAGAAGUAGCCGAUAUCGAAACACAAGUAACAAUAGCUACAAACUUGGGAAAAGUUGUUACUCGUCUGCAACUUGAGCGAUCGGAAGUGUCCUUUUAUAUUUUCACAAAUGGCAGUAGAGAACGGUCAAAUUUAACGCAAAGGUUCACUGUAACCGAUAACGCAUUGAAUAACCUAACAACUUGGAACGAAGUUAGUGUGCCCACAUUGGCGGAUGAUGACGAAGAUUUUGAAGUAAUGCUUAACCGUACAGAGUUUCAAAAUCGUUUGAAUGAAUUCAGAGAUCGUGUGAGAUCAGAGCCAGAAGACAGCUCAAUAACGGAUGUUAUGAAUUGGUAUACUGCCAUUAACCGAGCUCUCUUGCACCACCUAACCGAGCAAAUAAAAGAAACGGAUAACAGUGGCGUUUGGCGCUAUCUCAUUGGUUUCAAAAAUCUUUUAAAGAGUAUUGAGUGUCAAAACAUUGCCGCCUCUUUUGGAAUCAAAUACUAUGGACGUGGAUAUUUGGGCUUGGACGCGUUUGUUUCCUACAUUCGCUACGAAUUUCUAUCUCGCGAACUCAUCAACUCUACAUUGAAUUAUGUGCCCAGUUUGAGGCCGAUGUACAUGAAUAUAACUAGGACUCAUAAAUACAAAAAACUAAAAGCAAUGAAUGUAAAUGUUUUGAAAAAUAUUCGAAAUGUGUCUGAUGAACGAAACGCCAUACAAUAUUACGACGCUAUGCACAACUUUACCGAUGAUUUACGGAUACUUCAAAAAGCUCUGCGGUUGAAGAUUAAAGAAUAUGUCGAUAGGACCCUUUCUGAGGCUGCGAAUAAGGAGGUGGUUGGCAUUGGCAUCUUGGUCGUUGUUCUAUGCGUUUCUCCAAUCAUCAUUAUUUUGGUUAAGAAUGCUGCCGCUACAAUACAGCUGUAUGCGGUGAAUUUAGCCCAAAAAGCCAGGGAACUAAAAAGAGAGAAACGCAAAAGUGAUUCGUUACUUUUCCAAAUGUUACCGCCGAGUGUGGCAAUGCAGCUGAAGCAAACCCAACAGGUACCCGCGGAGAUGUAUGAAGCUGUAACGGUUUAUUUUAGUGAUAUUGUAGGCUUCACGGGGAUAGCUGCAAGAUGUACACCACUCGAGGUGGUUACUUUCCUCAAUUCAAUUUAUCGCGUUUUUGAUGAACGCAUCGAGUGCUAUGACGUUUAUAAAGUGGAGACCAUUGGGGACUCAUACAUGGUUGCUUCUGGACUGCCAGUGAAAAAUGGCGAAAAUCAUGUUUCGGAAAUUGCCACAAUGGCCCUUGAUUUACUAGACGCAUCAUCUUUUUUCAAAAUUCCACGGUCAACAGGCACUUUGCAAAUCCGCUGCGGCAUCCACACCGGCCCGGUGGUGGCUGGCAUUGUCGGUACAAAAAUGCCGCGUUACUGCCUUUUUGGAGAUACUGUAAACACAGCUUCGCGAAUGGAAUCUACUGGCGAGUCGCACAAAAUUCACAUCACGGACGAAAUGAAUGAUGCUCUGCAUAGGAUUGGUGGCUUUCGUACCGAGCACCGUGGUCUUAUCGAAGUAAAGGGGAAGGGUCUGAUGAGCACGUAUUGGCUGACUUGCAAGGAUGGUCCGGUGAAGGCUCGCGGUGAGGAGAUCUCCUGGUUUGCGGACAUGCAGCCAGUUUUCUUGGAGAAAUUGAAAUCGGAUCCACUUAAAAAAACCGGUAGCAAGCGGAAAUAAAAUAUAUUGCAGAUUCAUAUUCACAUAUAGACAAAUUACAUGUUGAAAAGUUUUUAUAUGUGUACAUACAUGCAUACCUAUCAGCAAA